UUUAUUGAUAAAAUAUUUACUAAAGAUUUUAAAUUAAACAGGCUUUAAACAGAGUUUUGAACAUAUACGUUGAGUGGCAGGCGUGCAGACUGUGCCAUGAUUUCGUUUUAGAGGGAAAAGCAAGGCGCAAAGAGCUGUUUUUCCGCAAAGAGGUGGAUCCAAACACACCCACCAAAAAAUAUAGAAACCCCGUGAUUACUCAUCGUUGGAAUGUCCGGAAAUCCUUUUGACAGUGACGAUGAGGAGAACUCCGGCAGUGGAGAGAUUCUCGAAGGCUUCCUUUGUCCCAUUUGCCGGGCAGACCUCAAAUCCAUUGACGUGCUCACGGAUCAUUUUUCCCGCCAGCAUGCCGAAGAAGAGGCGGCUCUGAAAUCCCUUAAGGAUAUCUUCACCAAAGCGAAACAGAAAAUAUUGAACAACUUUGAGGAUGAGCGGGGACCGGCUGCUUCAUCGCCCGGAAGUGCCUCCGCUUCAGCGGCUGCAAAGAAUCCAAAUGGCAACGGAGAUCGGAACGGGCCGAGCAAUGCCCGGUCCCGGAUGAACGUCUUCAACCAUAUGGGUCGCCAGCAAGCGGGCGCCGAGUGCUCGCACUUUGAGUAUUUUCAGUCCAUUCGCAAUCCCCGCCUGGAGCGCUAUGCCAGCGAGACGAACAAGUUGAUUAUCCGGUUGCACCGCCUCCUAAAGGAUCUGCCGACGGAUUCAGUGCAGCGACGACAGCACGAACAGCAAACGGUGACCUGGCUGGACGGCAGCUCUGUGAAGUUGUGUCCCAGUUGCGCCAAGAGCUUUCACAUUGCUCGGCGACAGCACCACUGUCGUCUGUGUGGCGGCAUCAUGUGUAACGACUGCUCCAAGUUCUUGCCCCUCGAGAACGCCCUGCAACUGGCCAGUCUCUCCACCACUCGCAGUGAGCCCUUGCAGCAGCUACACCAAAACGAGAACGCCAUCCGGCUCUGCGAGCACUGCCUCUGGCUGCUGGACACUCGCACGGACAUGCACGAGAGUCGCACCUGUCGUCCCCUGCUGAUGCAGGUCUACGAGCAGAUCAGGCAGCUGCAGAAGGAAGUUACCCCCGAUCUGGACAUGUAUCUAAAGAUAAUCAACAGCCUGAACGAAGGGGACACCAUCUUCACGCUAGCUGACGCUGGAGCCCUGCGCGGAAAGAUAGGACAGGUGGCCGAGACCAUGGAUGCGCGGAGCAAGCGCAUCUUGGCCAUUUUUUGUGAGCCCGGCAGCCGCGAGGAGGCCCUGAAGAAGGCCAUACGCUUGGGUUGCAUUCAGGCCAUCAAAGACCGGAUGCUGUCGCUUCCACCACUGCCAGAGGAGGCGCACAUCCUCCAGAUGCAGGAGCGGCGGCGCAUGGAGACGCAGCAGCGCAUCCUGACCGAACAGCGCAUGGCCAUGGAAGCCUACGAACGCAAUAACCUGGCAAAUCAAUCGUUUGUGGUAGUUUCGAACCCAGAAAGUGGAUCCUUCGCUCAGGGGUCGGAUCUUCAAUCCCUAACCAACUGGUCGGCACCGCAGGCGGCCAGCAAGUCGACCCUGGACGAUCCCCUGAUAGAACAAAUCAACAUUAUCAAGGGCUACAUCAAGCAGGCGCGCCAAGACAUGAACUUUGAGGUUGUGGAAACGCUGGAGCUUAAUUUGCGCGAGCUCCAGCGCGAGGUAUUCGAACGGCAGCGCCACUCCCAGGGCAGCACUCCAGCCUCGCCCACAGAUGGAUCUAGGCAAAAUCCUAUAUAGUUGUAUAGAUGUAACCAUUCCCCGCUUUUGACAGAAUUAAACGUAUUUCGUUACA